AUGAACGACUUUAUCGACAGACUUUUCCAAAUCGACGUUGUCCAACAAGGAAUACUUUUUCAAGCGUUCACCGUCGAGCUCGUGAAACUGCAUGUUUGUCGCAACCAAAACGUCGAGCAAGAGAAAGACCUGCUCAUCCUGAGGGGCAACAGCAGCGACGCUUGCGAGGUCCGGGACCCCUGCCAACACGGCGGCAUCUGCAUCUCUACGGACAGCGGGCCCAUCUGUGAAUGCCGGAACCCCGACUACGAGGGCGAGUACUGCGAGAAAGAUAAGGCACCUUCCGAGGCAGUUUUCCGUGGAACGGAGUUUCUCUCUUACGAUUUGAGUCAGACGGGGGGCGAACCCAUAGUGAGUGCCCAGGACUCCGUAACGUUUUAUUUCAAGACUAGACAGCCCAACGGAUUGCUGUUUUACACCGGAGAAGGUAGCGACUAUCUCAACGUAGCAAUCAAAGAAGGUUGGCUGUGUCUAACUAUGGGAUUGGCGAAUGGCAAGCAAGAAAUGCAAAUCAAGCCCAAUAAAGUCCGUUUUGAUGACAAUCAGUGGCAUAAGGUCAGCGUUCACAGGCGGAUUCAGGAGAUAUCAGCCAUCACUAGCUUUUGCAGGCUCUCCGCGGUAGUAGACGGUGUCUACGCCGAUCACUCCCACAUCGCCGGAAAAUUCACCAUGCUCUCCUCCAGCAGGGUGUACGUGGGCGGCAGCAUCAACACCAGGGCACUGCCCGGGGCCAGGGUACAUAACAACUUCGUCGGAUGCAUGCGGAAAGUUGAAUUCGUGGCGGAUACGUUGCGGCUGAACUUAUUGGAAUUGGGCAGGUCUGGCAGCCACCUCAUCCAAGUGGCCGGCAGACUGGAUUACAAAUGCCCCGCGGGGGAGACUCACGACCCCAUCACCUUCACCACGAGGGAAUCUCACCUGAUCCUGCCUCCUUGGAAUGCCAAGAAGUCUGGGAAUAUUUCCUUCAAGUUCCGCACUAACGAAGCCAACGGCCUCAUACUCUUCAACGGCGGCAUUCGGCCUCCCAGGGUGGACCUCUUUGCCGUCGAGAUCUACAACGGCCACAUUUACAUUCACCUAGAUUUAGGAUCAGGUCCAUCCAAACAAAGAGGUUCCAGAAGAAGGAUUGACGACGGCAAUUGGCAUGAAGUCACCUUCCGUAGAACGAGUAGAGACUCCAGGAUAACUGUAGACGGCUUCCAUACCGACUUCAGAACGAUGGCUUCAUCUGUUUCAGAGGGUUCUACCAGCCUUGAACUGGACGGCAACAUGUACGUCGGCGGCCUAGGUCCACCGUUCUCCGAGAUCCCUAUUCCCGCCGGCCUCUGGACGGCCGUCCUUCAGCAGGGAUUCGUGGGCUGUUUCAAGGACCUCGUUAUGAACAAUGAGGCUGUGGAUGUUGCUAGCUACGCUCGCGAGCAGGACUCCGGAUCCAUCCGCACGUUGUGUCACACUCAGCCCCAACAAUGUCCUUCACAGCCCUGUCUCAAUGGUGGCAUCUGCACGGAAGGCUGGAACCGAUUCGUCUGCGACUGCACUGACACCCUCUUCAGCGGUCCCACCUGUGGAAAAGAAGCACCAACGCUUAGCUUCAACGGUACUCAACAUAUGGAGGUGACCAUGGACUCGGAGAUGUUCACUCAAACCGAGGACAUCGUGCUGCGGUUUAGGACCAGCAAACCACUGGGUCUUCUCCUAAUCACCAGCACAGCGGAGACUGGGGAUAGGAUCGAGCUAGCCGUGGCCGCCGGCAGGAUCCGUCUGGCGCUUAGACUGAGCGUCCGAGAAAAGAAAAAGGAGGACAAGGAGAAGGACAAGAUUCUGCUAGCCGGGCAGAACGUUAACGACAACGAGUUCCACACCGUGCGGCUAUCUCGGCGAGGAUCCAAUCUCAAGCUGCAACUGGACAAGCAAUCGCCCAUAAGAGGUAAUCAGAAUUUAUUUACUGAAACUCAAGGUAAAUACAACAGUCUGCAGUGGCGCACAAUUCACUUAGGCGGCCUAUACCACCUUGAAGAAGAAAUCAGCAUGUCGACUACCGUACCCAAUUUCAUUGGCGAUAUCCAGCAAUUCUAUUUCAACAACAUCCCCUACAUCGAGCUGGCUAGGGCUCUUAGCACGGAACAGUCAAUAUCCGGUUUUCCCAGCAUCAAGGUGGCCGCGAAGUUCGUGAAACACGCGACGGAUAACCUACACCGUCCCGUGACAUUUCGUUCAAAGCACACGUUUAUCGGGUUGCCUAUGCUGCGGGCAUAUUCCAGCAUUCAUAUCGAUUUCAUGUUUAAAACUAGAGAAGCCAAUGGUCUCAUAAUGUUCAAUGGAGGGAAAAAGGAAGAUUUUGUAGCUGUGGAGCUAGUAGACGGCCAUAUCAACUACGUCGUUAACGUGGGAGAUGGAACCGUCACUCUACGCGACACGGUUCGAGCUCAUUUAAACGACAACAGAUGGCACACUGUCGGAAUCAGAAGACCAUCUGCGAAACAACAUACCUUGAUGGUGGAUGACGACAUAGUGGUAGCGGCUAACUUUGGAACAGGGAAUUUAGAGUUGGAUGGCAUACUGUAUCUUGGAGGCGUCUACAAGGAUUUGUAUGCCCAGUUACCGCAGGAUGACGUUAAAUCCAGGCACGGCUUUGAGGGUUGCAUAGCUGGUCUGGAUUUGAACGGGGAAUCACCUAAUAUCAUGGAGGAUGCUGUGGUGCACAGUUCCCUGGUUACUGCUGGAUGUGAAGGUCAGUCAGCGAAAUGCAGCCACAACGUCUGUGCAAAUGCCGGCAUUUGCGUACAGCAAUGGAAUUCAUAUACCUGUGACUGCGAUAUGACAACGUACACCGGCCCCACGUGCUCUGAUGAGUCGGUUUCGUAUGAGUUUGGACCAAACCGGGGCAUAAUCACCUAUACCUUCCCAGAAGACAAUCGACCUGAGAUGCAGGAGGACACCCUCGCCAUUGGCUUCAUCACUACCAAGUCUGAUGCUGUGUUGUUGCGGAUCGUUAGCGGGACGUCCAAUGAUUACAUAGAAAUGUAUAUUUUGGAAGGAAACGUUUUCGUCGUAUACAACUUGGGCACUAAUGAUCACCCUCUGGGAGAGAUUUCUGUUAAAGUCAACGAUAAUGCCUACCAUGUGGUCAAGUUCCAUCGGCAGGGUCAUAAUUCGUCUUUACAGGUUGAUGAUUAUAACGUUCGCUAUAAUCACCCUACAGGUCACCAGCUGCAAGUAUUCAAUAGCCAGUCGCAGAUUCAGAUAGGUGGAAAAUGGAGCAAGAAAGGAAGAAUAGAGAGACCGUUCUCCGGAAUCAUAUCGGGAGUGGUAGUCAAUGGACUGCGAAUCCUAGAUUUAGCAGCAGAGAAAGAUGUUCAUGCAUCUAUUCGGGGAGAUGUGCAAUUGAUCUCUGGAAUUCUAGAUAGGCAGGAUCACCUUCAAAAGAUGCAACAGACUCCAGCUUCAGGAUUUCCGGGCGUCGAAGACGACCUAGUAUUUAGCGGGGCAGGUUCCGGGUGUAAUGGAGAUGACGAGGACGAGUGUCCUCCACUACCUGAGACUGGAUCAGGUGACGAUGACCUCAUAACUCCAGUGUACGUUCCUCCUACUAGACCACCUCCCACAGCCAAAACACCCAAAAAUAGUAACAUUGAGAAGCUUUGCGAUGAUGAGGAUUGCAAUAUAGAUGGAUCUGGAUCUGGAGAAGUUACGGAAGAGUCCACCAAAUCAACAGAUGUGACUGAAAACACAGUUCCAUCAGAAAACGUGAGUACUAAGUCCACGGAAGAGAGCUCCACGUUGUCUGGACAUCUGACCAUAGUAACCACUUCAUCAAAUGUUUCGACCACCAGCUCUAUAGAAGAUGGCACGACAAAUAUAAUACAUACCACCAAAUGGGAUACUUCGACUCCUUACACAACAACUGAAGAUACCGCCAUAACAUCCACAGAACGCCAUACCGUAACACCGACCAUGAUACAUCGAGCUCCUCCUCCACCGCCACCUAUAGAUUAUAACUUCCCGCCCAGCGACCACAAACCUUCUCGACCACGGCCUCCAGAAAGAGUGAGUUCGGAAACAUCGGAAAUCAUAGCUUUGAUCAUAGGAAUCAUUGCCGGAGCCCUGAUAGCCGUCAUCCUCAUCAUCCUGGUCAUACUGAAGUUCAAAUCCAGAGGUGAUCGUUCCUUCAAAGUCGAUGACAGCAAAGGAUUCCAACAAGGCCCUAACGCUGCCCUUUUGGGUAACACCUCCACCACCAAUGGACAGACUCAGUACCAACUGAACGGUGCUCUGAGAAACGGUGGUAAGACUGAUUUGCAGAAAUCGAAAAAGCGCGACAACAAGGAUAUAAAAGAGUGGUACGUGUAAAGUGCGUCUGUUUGUCUUUCGUUACAUGGUGGAACUCCGAGCCAAUAUCGAGAAUAUUUUUGGACGAAGUCGGUCGCGUUUAGAAUAAUUAACUGUUAAUAAGAAAGUGAUAUCUUCAUUGUGUCUCGGUGAAGCCGGGACGACCCUUUUACCAGUGUUGAAUUUAAAUGAAAAAUAAUUAAUGUAAGUAAUAAUCAGAAAUUAUUAUGCUCAUUGUUGCGUACGUUUCUUUCGUGUACAAAGUUCUCGUUUUAUUUCCGGUCUAUUUCAUCAUGUAGGAAUAUUUUUACAGUUAUCUUAUUUAUUGCUAAUAUAUGGAAAUUGAAUUUUAUAAAUAUCUGCGUUGGAUCUAAAUACAGUGACUUUGAAAAUUGUUACCAUUUCCAACUACUCCGAUGAAAAUCGGCCAUUUAAAUACUAAACAGGGUGGGACCAGAGGAAAACAGACCUUAUUCUACCUAAUCCAAUUGUUGAGUUGCACUACUGUGGAGUACUCGUACUCAGUCACUUGUGUUUCCUUGUUAAUGGUACUCGCGGUGAAGUAUUCAUGAGUAUUUUAGCAUGGUACUCGCCCAGCUCUUACUAUGAGAAACAUGACUUCACCAAAGUAUACUAAUAAUAUCAAAGACACUGUAUUUAGGUACCUAUAUUAAAUAUUUGGUCGAGUAUCAAACAUUUGUUAAACAUGUGCAGUGUUACGUUAAUAUUCCUUCUCUAUAGGCAUGUACUUAACUUAAAUGAAAACGAAAACUGUUUCUGAUAAAUGAAAUUGACAAUAAGAUGUUUUUCCAUCCCGACUUCGUCACUUUCCAGGUAUAACUAAAGAAUCUUUACAUGAUUGCCAAAUGUUUGAUUAAAAAGAACAAUGACCUCUUACAGAAUGUUGUAAUAUUCCACAGACAAAAUUCCACGGGUGGUUAAAAGCAAGGAAAAAGUUCACAAUAACUUAAAUCUGUUUCUUACAUACAAAGUGAUACAGUUUUAUUAUUUUUUCAGUUAUUCUCACUUAUUUAAAUAUAUACAAGGUGACAUGGAAAAAAGUGCCUUGCAUGAUUGGGAAUGUGUAUUCAAGAAAGAGGCCGCCAUUUUGAACAACUUCUUUGAAGAAAUAAUACAUUUUUUCUUUUACCUUUUAUUAUUUUUAUUAUAACCGAUUGUCUCUAAUUGAUUAUAAGUUAUUGAUUACCAUAUUUUAUCGCAUUCAUUUCUUUUUUGAGGAACAUGAACAUGAAUUUUAUGUCAAAUGGAAUUUUUUUGUAGGGAAAUCUUGCCUAAUAUGACACAAAAAUUGAGAGGAACGGUAAUUUUUAGAAGGUCGUAUUAAUUUAUUAAUUUGACUUAAGCAUAAUGAACCCUCUAACUCCGCCACUGGUUGGCAGCCCGUAGAGGAUAUUACCUACCAAUUUUCUGUACAUUCCCUCCACUUAAUCGGAAGUAAUAAAAAAAACAAUAUUUUCCAAAAUUUCUUUAACACUGUAUUUCGAAAACAAAUGAAAUUUAGACAUAAGUGUAUAUGAAAUUUUAUGUUUUGAGCUACUCUAUCAUGUGGUGCUAUGCAUUGCAUUUUUACCAUGUCACCCUGUAUUUAUAGGACAUUCAACAUUUUUUUAAGACCUACAGAAUGUACAAAAUAGUCUUCAGUUCAGUUCAAUUUUUUUUAUUACGAUGAUUUUUUUUUUAACAAAAGAUGACCUAUCUUUUAUUCAUUAACUAUAUAACAUUAUUUUAUUAGGUACCCUGUAAGAAACAUGCAUUUGCUAAGUUCAUAUCUUUUUUUUUCUAUUUUUUCCUCAAAUAUUCGCCUGUAUAGGUUUGUCCAUGGAAUUUAGUAAUACGCUGUAUAGUCUCAUAAAAAUAAUUUCAUAGGCAGGUGUAUUCAUAAAAUUUCAUAAAUAUUGUUGUAUUUUUAAGAAAUAAAAAAUCUUAAUUAUUCACUGAUUUGCAAAAUCAUUUUUUAUAAAUUAUAUAAGCACUGAAGAAUCAUUGCAGGUCAUAUAUAGAAAUUAAAGAGAAUUUUACUACGAGUUCAGACAUUCCAAUUUAUGUGUUACCUCACAGAAAGCUCUAUUUUCAACAAACACUUAAUAGAACUAUACUGUUAUCUUAAAUUUGAAAGAUAAAUUAAUUAUUGCAAGACAUAUAAUAUAAAGAUAGCAAACAGAACAACUAAUUUUUUAAAUCAGUAUAAUCAGUUAACAUUUUUAAAUAUCUACAUUAAUUGAAUUUGGAGAAAAUGGAGCUUUUUGAUCUAAAUUUUAUGGAAUAUUUUUUCUUAUAAUUCAGCAAUAUUCUUUAUUUUGAUAUAAUGAAACUGAUUAGUCUUGAUAGCAUAUAUUGUUCACUGAAAACAAUUUUGCAUUAAUACAAAACGAAAACAGGCAUGAAUAAAAUGUUUAAUACUGCUGAAAUGCACUGAACUGUCAUGUAGUUCGUGUUCAAUCAAUAUGAAGAGCUGACAAACAAAAUAUUUUUUUACCUGGUGAAGAAUAUUAGAGAGGUGAGUCAAUUGCAUGGUUUUCUUUAUUUUACAAACUUGUAAAAAGACGCUUAAAGUUAUACAAAGAUUUACCAAGAAAGCUACAAACAAUAACUCUAGAAUCUUAUAGGUUAGAUUGGUUAGAAGGUUAAAGAAUUUGCACGUGGAGCGGUUGUAAUGUAAUAACCAGUGACUGUCAAACAGUUAAUCGAAUGUCUGGAAUUGAAAAAGAGACUGUUUUUUGUAACGUAUAAUAUCAUAUCAUAUCAAAUAAAAUUAGAUUUAUCAGCUAUGGAACAAAUUGAACCAUAGUUUUUUGAUUAGGUAGGAUAUAUACCCCACCUAAAGUGCUGUUAUUUUGAAGUUAUUGUUAUUGGUAAAUUUAUUGAAAGGAUUAUAUAAGUAUCUCAUUUAUGGCAGAAUAAGAUAAAUGUACACACUGCCUCUUGCCGAAUUAAACAAUCUAAAUUUACAACACUUAACAGUAAUUUUUAUUGUAUAUGUAUCAAAAAUACUGUUUUAACGAACACAGAUCAAUAAUGGACAAUUUUCUUUAUGGAAUGACGAUAUUUUGGAUGAUAUUUUUAUACCUACUGUAUUUUUUUACAUUCGGCAAAUUGCGAAUACAUUGCUAUACUAUACUUUUUAUAUCAUAUCUAAAAACUUAAUGAAAUCUCAGCUUAUCUGCCUUAAAAGAUUGAAGAGAUUAGUUACCUAGAAUAUAUGAUUUCCUUACUUCUCAUUUUAUAAAAAACAAAACUUAUAUAAUUUGCUUCGAGAAUUUAUACGUUUUUAUUCAUGCCUGAUUUUCUUAAGUCGUACACGGGGUGGUUGGUCUACCCAGCCAGAAAAGUUCAAUUUUUUUAUCAGUAUAUUGAUUUCGGAGGGAAAAUAUAACUAAAAAUGAGUUAAUGUAUUUUUUAAGAUUAUCUCACCCUGUAUGUCACUGAACUGCAUACAUCAAUCCCUUUCCACUCUGCCUGUCAAGAACCUUUCCAAAUACACUUGUAAUUAAAUAAAUAGCAAUACAGUAAAUAGAAUACGCAUUACUGAUAUUAUUUAAAUUAGUUGUUACAUAUAUAUUUGUUGUGUAUAAAAUAUUGUAAGUAGUAAAUAGCAUUUUGUAUUAUACUUUUGGAUUUUUGUUAGAGCUAUAAUAAAAUGGCGUAUAUUUGGAUGUUA